AUGCCUUUCCCUCCUCACACCCCUCCAUUCUCACCCCAUGCCCCAGUGUAUGUGACUCUCACGUGCGCCUUUCGCUACGGCCGAGAUGACCUGGAUGUCAUUGGACUGACCUUCAGGAAGGACCUCUAUGUCCUGACCACGCAGAUCUUCCCACCGGUGCCUGAGCAGGUGCCCAAGACCCUCACCACUCUACAGGAGAAGCUGCUGAAGAAGCUCGGCGAGAACGCCUACCCCUUCACCUUUGAGGUUGCCACCAACUUGCCCUGCUCGGUCACCCUCCAGCCAGGACCAGAUGAUGUGGGAAAGGCCUGCGGCGUGGACUUCGAGGUCAAAGGGUUUUGUGCUGAAAACCUGGAGGAGAAGAUUCACAAGCGGAACUCAGUGCGCCUCGUCAUCCGCAAGAUCCAGUUUGCACCCAUGAAGACAGGCCCUGGGCCCAAGUCAGAGACCACCCGGCAGUUCAUGAUGUCUGACAAGCCCCUGCACCUUGAGGCCAGCUUAGAAAAGGAGAUCUUCUACCACGGAGAACCCAUCAACGUGACCGUCAAUAUCAACAACACUACCAACAAGAUCGUGAAAAAAAUUAAGAUUGCAGUUGAUCAGAUCACAGAUGUGGUUCUCUAUUCACUGGAUAAAUACUCGAAGACUGUGUGCAUGGAGGAGAUCAAUGAGAAUGUGGCAGCCAACUCCACCUUCUCCAAAACAUACUCUGUCACCCCCACACUCUCGGCCAACCGUGAGAAGCGAGGCCUGGCUCUUGAUGGCAAGCUCAAGCACGAGGACACCAACCUGGCCUCCACCACCAUCCUGAGACCUGGCAUGGACAAGGAGGUGCUGGGGAUCCUGGUGUCCUAUAAAGUGAAGGUCAACCUGGUGGUGUCCCGAGGAGGCAUCCUGGGGGAUCUCACUUCCAGCGAUGUUGGCGUUGAGCUGCCCAUCAUCCUGAUGCACCCAAAGCCUGCGGACGAUAAACCAAGGUCCGAGGAGGACAUCGUCAUCGAGGAGUUCGCUCGCCAGAAGCUCAAAGGAGAGAAAGACGAUGAGGACGAGAAGGAGGAGGGCGAGAAGGAGGAGAGCUGAGCUGCUGCAAUGGAGGCACCGGCGGAUGUAGACCAUGAUAGCACCCCAACCCCUGCCUGCCCCGACCCCUGCCUGCCCCAUAGGUGCACUCGGGCUGUUAUUAGGCCCCACCGCCCACACUGAGCGCGGAGCUCCGGCGCUCGCACGGCCCAGCAGCGGCCCCGGGCGCUGUGUCGUUUGUCUCCGGGCUGAAUUACGAUAUGUAUUCGGUGUGUUUAUAAAUAAACCGACACGAAACGGGAAACAGACCCGCUUUG